UAAUUUAAAAAAAUGAAGCAAGUCGACCGUCCUCCAAAUAACCCCAAGCGUAUAACAAUCCAGUCAAGCCAGGAGUGCUUCAGUGUUGACAUUCCCUCUGCAGAACAGCCUAGUCCAUGUCCAGAAGUUGAAAAUCCUCCAAAUGCUGACAGUCAAAAUGUGACCAAUGAAACAGUUCAGAUUGAUUCUGAUGAAGAUGACUUCAUGCCAGCUCUGAAGAAGCGUAAUGUUUCUGAAAGCCACACAAGAGUGUUAAGAAAAGUCGUGACAAAGAGGAUUAAACAUGAGGAGCUACCCCGACAGAGGCUUAAUGUGAGGUGCAACCCUCAAGAUGUCAUUGCAAGCAUUAACAUUUUGAAUGAAAGACAACGUGAGGCUAUAAGACGUAAAGGUUUCUCUUCCAUUCUUGAUAUGACAGUAGAUGCGCUGUGCAGUAGAUCACACCUCCAAUGGUUGAUGGACAAGCUAGACCCCAAGGAUAUGACAAUACGUCCUGGUCCAGGAAAGGAACUCAAGAUCACAAAGGACAUUGUUCAUCUUAUUCUUGGCGUGCCAAAUCAUGGAGGUGGCAAACCUUUGGGUAUUGAUGAAGCAGUUGCAGCAAGCAACUUGAGGGCAGAGCUUGGUGUGGCCAAAGAUGAGUUCAAUGUGGCAUUUCUACAAGAUCGUUUAAGGAAAGGCGAGGAUGAUGACCUUUCAAUCAGAUGUUUCUUCCUCAUUCUAUUCAACCAUUUGCUGUUUCCAACUGCUAGCUGGGGCAUCACAUAUCAUGAGGUGCUUCUCACAGAAGAAAUGCACCGUUUCCAUGAGAUCGACUGGUGCCAGUUGAUUUUUAAUGAUCUAUGUGAAGCUGCCAAGAAGUGGCACAACCGGAUCACCACAAAUGUCUCCACGACUAUAUAUGGAUGCUCCAUUGUUGUCCUUCCGGAGUGCAGGACCAAUAUUUUUGAUGCACCGCGCCCUGGCCCCAUGCCUCGGCCAACUUUUAACAUCAAACUUCCAUCUAUCAAAGAGAUGAUGUCAAGUAAGAUCAACGAUCUCCCACAUCGUCAUCGAUCUAAAUUCACAGAUAUUCUUGCUGCAUAUGACUUGGAGGUUGACAAGUCAUGCGUAGCCAUAAAAGACAGCAUUGACAAAAUUAUUGAGAAGCAAUACGACAUAGCAGACAAGUUUAUAGAAUUGAUAGACGAGGUACUACGUGCCGAGUCUGAAAAUUUGGAAAACGAGACUGAUGAGCCACAGCAACCGGGGAAUUCGGCUGAUUCAGCAGGACACACUGUUGAUGCCACCCAGCCCACACCCGAUAUGCCAUCCCAAGCUUCGCAGCUUGAGACCCAACUGGGUGGUACUCAGUUUGAAGAAAUUCAUGAAAGACAACAGCAUAUCCGUAGAGUCCUUGAGACCUUUCCCGAUGAAUCAGAUGUGGUUUCAGAUCAACAGAGAGGUGCAAUGGCAACAGAGGAAAUGGAACACAAUGACAGUGGGCCAGUUUUUGACCAGACCCCAACUCCUCAUGAUGAUACACUCAAAGGUACUACAAACUCUGGAUCUGAUCCACCCCUUACAGAGCAAGAGUGUAUUCGUUCUCUGUGGGAUUUAAUUUGUUCCAAGGACAUUGACCAAAGCAGGUACAUGUUACCCAAAUUACGAAUAACGUAUUUAUAA